AAGUGAUGCGGCUCGCGCUCCUCGGUCUGUUAAUCCGUUUUGAGGCUAAACGUCUCCGGACGCAGCACAACCGACACGGUGAUGCGAGUGGUUUGAAACUCCCCUCGGGUCAUUGUCAACCUGUUCGUUUUGUUUUUGGUUUGGUUUUUUUUUUCCCCCCCCUCUCUCUCUUUUCCGCAACACGGAGCCAGAUGGAUCCGUCCAGGAGGAGCGAGAGUGACUGGCAGGGGCUGGUCAGUGAGGUGAGACUGGAAGGACGCAGACAGGGGAGACGGAUUCCUAAUUUGCAAGCGGAAGCUGGAGAGCAAGAAAGAAGCCCUUCUGAUUCUGUCUAAAGAGCUGGACGCCUGCCAGCAGGAGAGGGACCAGUACAAGCUGAUGGCCAACCAGCUCCGCGAGCGGCACCAAGGACUCAAGAAGAAGUACAGGGAGCUCAUUGAUGGAGAUCUCUCUCUGCCUCCUGAGAAAAGGAAUCAAGUGAAUUUAGCUCAGCUACUGAGAGACUCCAGAGAAAAAAGUGAUCAACUUUCUGAGGAGGUGAAGGAGCUGAAACAACGAUUGGUGGAAGCUCAGGGUGAUAACAAGCUGCUACGAAUGACCAUCACCAAACAGAGGCUGGGAGACGAGGAGGUUGGUGCCCGACACUUUCCUGCACAUGAGCGAGAGGAUCUGGUCAAACAGUUAGAAAGAGCCAGAGAACAGAACGAGCUGCUGGAGUACAGUGUGAAGUCGCUCACAGACGAGCUUCAGGAUGUUCGAGCGGAGCGAGACGUGUUUCAGCAGAAGGCUCAUCGUCUCAAUGUGGAAAUGAACCACAUCGUGGGCAACGAUGAUAUUCGGAUUCUGGACAUAGAUGCGCUGUGCAUGGAGAACAGGUAUUUGCAUGAGCGCCUCAGUCAACUUCAGGAGGAGGUCAACUUGCUCAAAACAAAUCUGGUGAAGUACAAGAGUGCCCUGGAGUGUAGGAAGACCUCUAAAAUCUGUGGCAAAGCCAACAGUAGUGCUCUCACAGGGGUGCUCUCUGCCAAACAAGUGAAGGAACUGUUGCUCUCUGAGGAAAGUGGCUGCAGUUUGCCGGUGACUCCUCAGUCCAUCUCAGACCUCAAGUCUCUCGCCACAGCUCUGCUGGAAACGAUCCAUGAGAAGAACAUGGUGAUUCAGCACCAACGGCAAAUCAACAAGAUUCUUGGAAAUCGAGUAGCAGAGCUGGAGAAGAAACUAAAAACACUAGAGAUGUCUGGAUUAUGGAGUCUGCCAGGUGGAUUUAAGUCUCUUGGAGGAAAAGACACCAUCAUCCUGAGCACUCAGCAGGCUGAGUCAUCAGAGUCUCAAGCUGACAAGGGGUAUGAAAAGAGUUCCCCAGAAGUUCACAACCCAGACAGUGAAACACCAGUUGCAACAGAUUUUAAGGAAAAGACACCACCGCUUUCCAACGUGGAGAAGAAGUCACAACAGACCCAUUCACACCAGAUGGCUGAUAAAGAGCCAGCCAGCCCUCACACAGAAACGCUAAACAAUCACACACAGAUCACAAAGGAUUUAACUGUUUUAAUAAAAGAAGAGGAGUGCCUGAGUGAUGCCCCUCCCACUGUGGCAGAUGUGAACCCAAGCUGUCCGUCAGACCCUUACCAUUUCCAGCUAACUUUAGACAGGUCAGACCCUACAAGAGGGAGCAGCGGUGAGUCAGAUGAAUGCACUGAAAGGAGUGAAACUGUCAAAACCGUUUCACAGGAAAACCUUCACAUUGUUACACCCAUGGCCGUCUCUUCCGCUGCCGCCGAAGGGCAGCAGGACGACGUCCAGCCAAAACAGGAGACAGAGCUCUCAGAUGAGACAGAUGUUUGUGUAAGUCCGGACAUCUGACGUCUUCCACAUGUCACAGAGUAUCAGGAGAAAAUUUGAGAAUGAUGAUGACAAAAGAUGCAUUUAUACUAUAAGGAUACUUUAUUUGUCUUUACAAAUAAUGAAAAAAUUCUGCAGAGGGACAGUACUGAGCUGUGUUAGGAUCUACAGAUGAUGCGUUAUUGUCUUGUAGUGGCCACUGCAUGAAAUUUCAUGGACUUGUAAGUUUUGAUUACAGAUAUCUACAUCUGUUUCUUACUGUCAAUCCAACGGAUAUGUAAAAAUGUGUCAGACGCUUGAGAAAGUUAUUGAGACACUACAUAAAGGAUUUUAUCAUUAAUAUGCUCCUGUCAGAGUCGUAAGACUCAUAACCAACCAAAAAAAAAAAAUCACCGUUACUAUUUAUUUGACUUGUGCUCUCAUGUAGUCCCACAUUUUAAGUUGGUAAAUUUGGCCAACAAUAUGCGUACAUCCAGACCUUUCAACCAGAUGUGACGGUUCAACAUCUCUGUUGAACAGCCUGAACUCUUCUAAGAAAAGAUUAAAACAAGAACCUGACUAAAGAGAUUUGCUGUCAGAGAAUUAGUGAGGUUGGACAAUAUGGUCACUUUAUGUUGCAGUUUAUGUUUCAGUUUGUCCAAAAAGUUGUUGGCUUGACUUGUCAGAACUCCCAUUUCUUUAUGGACCUCGCUCUGAGCUCUGGGGCAUCGUCAUGUUGAAACAGGAACAGGGAUGUUCACAAACUUUUGCCACAAGUUGCCAACUAUACAUACUGUAUCAGAGGUAGCUGUAACACUGCAUACACUUAGUUGCAUAAAUAUUUGGACAGUGACACAAUUUUCAUAUUUUUGCCUCUUUACACCACCACAAU